CGGGCGGACCCCACCCCGGCCAUGUGAUGGGGUUGUGGUUUCAGUUUUCCUGUGAGGGUGAGACUGUGCUGUCAGCUGAGCUCCCUAAGCCCAGCUGGGGGUCCGGGUACAUAGUGGGGGACCUCUCACCCUGCUCUGAAAGCCCUGGAGACCCGCAGGCACAGAGCGGGGGCAUUCGAUGCCCUCAGAGAUGAGUCACACUGAAAACCGAAGGGCUCUGCAAGAUGGUGACAACCGAAGCGGGACUCAUGGUAGAGGAAGGUGGUUUAGACCCAGCUCUGCCAAUGACUGUGCCCUAGGGAAUGUCAUUUCCUCUUUCUGAGUCCUCUAAUCCCCAGUGGCUUUUCUCAGUUCCCCCCCAGGGCGUCCCCUCCCUUGGCCAGCGGCUGAGUGGCCAGCCCCAUCCCAGUGAUGACAUGUCUCCCUGUCCAGGUACUGGCCGCUGGGCAAGACAUUGUGCCAAUGGCAGGGCUGCAGCCUGUCAGAUAUCAGGAAGUGGUACGGGGAAGGCUGGGGACAGUCGUGGUUCCUCCUGGAUGACCGUGUCAGAGAAGCGGCCCUGCUGAGUCCCCGUCCCACCCCCGUUCCAGGAUGUGGGGCCACUUUCACCCCACAGGUCUCCCUCCCUCUCGGCCCUGGGCCCUCGCCCUUGGGCUAUCACUUCCCUUCCUGUUGGGCUCAGCCCCAAGGGUUCUAAACCUCUCCUUAGCAGGCCCCAGGAAGGAGGGACCCUGACGGCUCACCCUCCGCAGAGGGGACUGCUGGGCCCAGCAGCCUCCUCCUCCCAGAAUGAGCUCGCCCUCCAGCCCUGCGCCAUUCCGGCUGGAGACUUCUGACGGAGGCCCGGAGGAUGGCUCUGAAGCUGAUAGAAGGAAGCUGGGCUAUGGGGACGGGCCGCCCCCCAUGGAGUCCCCAUUCCAGGGCGAGGACCGAAACUUCUCGCCUCAGAUUAAAGUGAACCUCAACUACCGGAAAGGAGCAGGUGCCAGCCAACCUGACCCGAACCGCUUCGACCGUGAUCGGCUGUUCAGCGUGGUCUCCCGGGGUGUCCCUGAGGACCUGGCUGGACUACCAGAGUACCUGCAACGGACCAGCAAGUACCUCACCGACUCGGAGUACACAGAGGGCUCCACGGGGAAGACGUGCCUGAUGAAGGCUGUGCUGAACCUUCAGGAUGGGGUCAACCCCUGCAUCCUGCCGCUGCUGCAGAUCGACCGGGACUCCGGCAACCCCCAGCCCCUGGUCAACGCCCAGUGCACGGAUGAGUACUACCGAGGCCACAGUGCCCUGCACAUCGCCAUCGAGAAGAGGAGCUUACCAUGCGUGAAGCUCCUGGUAGAAAACGGAGCCAAUGUGCAUGCCAGGGCCUGUGGCCACUUCUUCCAGAAGAGCCAAGGGACUUGCUUCUAUUUUGGCGAGCUACCUCUCUCUCUGGCCGCGUGCACCAAGCAGUGGGAUAUAGUGACCUACCUCCUGGAGAACCCACACCAGCCAGCCAACCUGCAGGCCGCGGACUCUCUGGGCAACACGGCUCUGCAUGCCCUGGUGAUGAUUGCGGACAACUCCCCCGAGAACAGCGCGAUGGUGAUCGGCAUGUAUGACAGCCUCCUCCAAGCAGGGGCCCGCCUCUGCCCCGCCGUGCAGCUGGAAGACAUCCCCAACCUGCAGGGCCUCACACCCCUGAAGCUGGCUGCCAAGGAGGGCAAAACGGAGAUUUUCAGGCACAUCCUGCAGCGGGAGUUCUCAGGGUCAUGCCGGUCCCUCUCCCGAAAGUUCACCGAGUGGUGCUACGGGCCGGUCCGCGUGUCGCUGUACGACCUGGCCUCCGUGGACAGCUGGGAGGAGAACUCAGUGCUGGAGAUCAUCGCUUUUCACUGCAGGAGCCCGCACCGGCACCGAAUGGUGGUUUUGGAGCCCCUGAACAAACUGCUGCAGGCGAAAUGGGACCUGCUGAUCUCCCGCUUCUUCCUCAACUUCCUGUGUUACCUGGCCUACAUGCUCGUCUUCACCGCGGUGGCCUACCACCAGCCGGCCCUGGAGAAGCAGGCCUUCCUGUCCCUGAAAGCCACCCCUGGGAACUCCAUGCUGCUGCUGGGCCACAUCCUGAUCCUGCUUGGGGGGGUCUACCUCCUCCUGGGCCAGCUGUGGUACUUCUGGCGCCGCCGCCUGUUCAUCUGGAUCUCGUUCAUGGACAGCUACUUUGAAAUCCUCUUCCUGGCCCAGGCCCUGCUCACGGUGCUGUCCCAGGUGCUGUGUUUCCUGACUAUCGAGUGGUACCUGCCCCUGCUGGUGUCCUCGCUGGUGCUGGGCUGGCUGAACCUGCUCUACUACACGCGCGGCUUCCAGCACACGGGCAUCUACAGCGUCAUGAUCCAGAAGGUGAUCCUGCGAGACCUGCUCCGCUUCCUUCUGGUCUACUUAGUUUUCCUGUUCGGCUUCGCUGUAGCCCUGGUGAGCCUGAGUCGGGAAGCCCGGGGGCCCACGGCCCCCACGACCCCUACGGCCCCUACAGUCGCCAACACCACGGCGGCGGCGGGGGCUGCCUCCCUGGAGCUGUUCAAGUUCACCAUCGGCAUGGGCGAGCUGGCCUUCCAGGAGCAGCUGCGCUUCCGCGGGGUGGUGCUGCUGCUGCUGCUCGCCUACGUGCUGCUCACCUACGUGCUGCUGCUCAACAUGCUCAUCGCCCUCAUGAGCGAGACCGUCAACAGCGUGGCCACCGACAGCUGGAGCAUCUGGAUGCUGCAGAAAGCCAUCUCUGUCCUGGAGAUGGAGAACGGCUAUUGGUGGUGCAGAAGGAAAAAGCAGCGUGCGGGGGUGAUGCUGACAGUCGGCACCAGGCCGGAUGGGACCCCUGAUAAGCGCUGGUGCUUCAGGGUGGAGGAAGUGAACUGGGCUGCCUGGGAGCAGACGCUGCCUACUGUGUGUGAGGAGCCCUCGCGGGCAGGCGUUCCUGGCACGAUGAAGAAGACAAAGAACCCCACCCUGGCCUCCCAACCUGGGGAGGACAGGGCCACGGAGGAAGACCACCUGCCCCUCCAGCCACUCCAGACUCGCUGAUGGCCCGGACACAGCAGGAGGCCUGCAGGACAGAGCGGGGAUCCUUUCCAGCUACCCCUGCCAGCUCUGGGACCCCAGUGAAUUUUGGUGGCAAAUACAAAUAUUUUUUCCACAACGAACUCUUCUGCAAACAUUAUUUGAGCUGUUUCGGGGCCCCCUUAGGCUGGUAACAUCUGCACAUUGCUAUGCUCACAGUGUGAAGGCACUAGAAGUUGAGGACCCUCAGCUGCAGCCCCCCAGCCCUAGCCCCACUCUUCCUAGGUGCAGGCCGCUGGCUGAAGUGCCAUGUGAGCUUGCUGUCAUGGCGGACAGGAGGCAGAGGACCCGGACUAACACAGCCACCUCUCCUCUCUCUUCCUCUGCCGCCACCAGUCACCUGUUGAAGCCACCUCCACUGUGUCUCUCCAACCUACUCUCCUUUGAACUCUUCAGAUUAGCUCCGACUCAAGACCAUCGCCGUCUUCCUCGCUGGGCUUCCUGCUCAUUCCCACGCCAAGCGGUCUCUGCAGGGCAGCCAGAGGGGCCUUCCUCGGACACGAGACAGACACAUCACCUCUGGGUUCUGAAGGCCUAAGAGGCGCCCGGUGCCUGCAAAAUGGCACAGCUGGCCUCCCAAGCCUGCCACGAUUUGCCCAAACAUUCCCAGACACCUCAUCUUCUACCCUCUGAUGCCCACCUGGCCCUCCUUAGCACUUUCUCACACUGGUGGAGGGCCCUUGUGUUUGACCCCUGGACUUGGCUCUUGCUAAAAGUCCCCUUCUUCCAUUAAAAUCUUACAUUUAUUUCUGAGAGUA